AUGUCCACCCCAACAAGAGACCAAAUCAAAGCCCUCGAACAAUCCCGCCAACGUCUCGUCCAACUCACCCACUCGCUGGCCUCCCUCAUCGCAAGUUUGAACCAGAGUGAUCCUCUUCCGUCCUGGCCCUCCCUCCAAUCCCAAGCCACAAUCCUCUCCAACAACCUCCUCUCCAUCUCCGAACACCUCUCCGAGAACCAGCCCCUCCUCUCCUCGCUAGUCGCCUACCCGGGCCCGGAAUUCCCCGGCCGCACGCAAGCGCCGACACUUGAGCAGCUUCUGCGGACGAAGCUUGAUCCGCGUGUGGAGGACUGGGUUGCGCGGGGGAGACGGAGGGCUGUCCCUGAUACCAACACUAAUCACAAUGAUCAUGGCAACAACGACGGCAAUGAGAACGAUAACGACCAUGAUUUAAGCGAGCAUGAUCUAGCUGAAUUAUGGCACUGGGCGCCCGUCGAGGCUAAUCGCGAAGCGAGACAGCGUGACUGGGGCGGGGACUAUACCCUCGAGGAGAGGGAGGGCGGUGUCGCGAAUGUGGUGACUGGGUUGCGGCGCGUGCUGGACGACGGGGAGGAUGAUAUGGGGAGUACGAGUGGGAGUAGUGAGGGCGAGGGGAAUGAGGGGCAGGGCGAGGAGGAGGAGAUGGAGGUUGUGGGCGUCAGGAUGAGGCCUGGCGCCGGGGCUGUCGCCGGUGGUGGCGGGCUUGAGUUUGAUAUUGCUGCUGGGGGCGCGCACGGUGCGGGUGGUGUUGGGGGAGAGGAUGGGGUUGGUGUGCAGAAGGUGAUGGCUCCGGUUGUGCCGUUGGAGGGUAUUCUACGGUUUAUGACUACUGGGGCGCAGCCCGGGCAGCGGUAA